AUGGCAGUAACAAAGCGCGCCGGCCGCAAGAAGGACACUAGCAAUGCGCAGGCGGCCAGCAGCGGAGGGGGAAAGCCUCAAGUUCGAAAGGCCGCCUUUGAGAGCACCAAGAAGAAGGAGGUCGGAGUCUCGGAUCUUACACUCAUUAGCAAGAUAUCGAACGAGGCUAUCAAUGACAAUCUGAAGAAACGCUUCGAGAAUGCGGAAAUCUACACUUACAUUGGCCAUGUGCUGGUAUCCGUCAAUCCCUUUCGAGACCUCGGCAUCUACACAGACUCGGUGUUGGAUUCCUACAGAGCCAAGAACCGACUCGAGGUCCCUCCCCACGUCUUCGCAGUCGCCGAAUCAGCCUACUACAACAUGAAUGCCUACAAAGACAACCAAUGUGUCAUCAUUUCCGGGGAGUCAGGAGCAGGAAAAACAGAGGCGGCGAAACGGUUAAUGCAAUACAUUGCCAACGUGUCUGGAGGCACCGAUUCGUCGAUACAACAGACUAAAGACAUGGUCCUGGCUACGAAUCCGCUACUCGAAUCUUUCGGGAAUGCGAAGACGUUGAGGAAUAAUAACUCGUCGCGAUUUGGGAAAUACCUGGAGUUACAAUUCAAUGCGCAGGGAGAACCGGUUGGGGCCAACAUUACGAACUAUUUGCUGGAGAAGACAAGAGUUGUCGGACAAAUUACGAAUGAACGAAACUUCCAUAUUUUCUACCAAUUUACGAAGGCUGCAUCUUCGAGUCAUAGAGAGAUCUUCGGGGUUCAACAACCCCAGUCAUAUUCCUAUACCAGCCGAUCGAAAUGUUUUGACGUACAAGGAAUAGACGACGGCAUGGAAUUCAAGGAUACACUUAAUGCUAUGAAGGUCAUUGGCUUAUCGCAGGGCGAGCAAGAUAAUAUUUUUCGAAUGUUGGCUACCAUCUUAUGGAUUGGGAAUGUCACAUUCCGGGAAGACGACAAUGGAAACGCAAUGAUCACUGACCAGUCAGUGGUAGACUUUGUAGCAUAUCUGCUGGAGGUCGACGCUGCGCAUGUCAAUAAGGCUUUGACCCUACGAGUCGUUGAGACUAGUCGUGGAGGUCGCCGAGGGUCUGUCUAUGAGGUGCCCCUGAACCCGACGCAGGCGACGGCCGUACGAGAUGCCCUGGCAAAAGCCAUCUACUUCAACCUCUUCGACUGGAUCGUUGACAGAGUCAAUGCGUCGCUCAAGGCACGUGGGUCUGUCGCAAAUUCUGUGGGUAUUCUGGAUAUAUAUGGAUUUGAGAUUUUCGAGAAAAACAGCUUUGAGCAGCUUUGCAUCAACUACGUUAACGAAAAGCUUCAGCAAAUCUUCAUUCAGCUUACCCUCAAGACCGAGCAAGAGGAGUAUGCAAGGGAGAAGAUCCAAUGGACACCAAUCAAUUACUUCGACAACAAGAUCGUGUGCGAACUAAUAGAGGAGAAACGACCGCCUGGCGUGUUUGCAGCCCUCAAUGACGCCUGUGCAACCGCUCAUGCCGAUUCGGGAGCAGCAGAUCAGACCUUCGUGCAGAGGUUGAAUGCUUUAUCAUCAAAUCCCCAUUUCCAACCCAGGCAAGGGCAGUUCGUCAUCAAGCACUAUGCGGGUGAUGUCAACUACGCUAUCGAAGGUAUGACUGACAAAAACAAAGAUCAGCUAUUGAAGGAUCUGCUCAACCUUGUGGGCGAAAGCAGCAACAACUUUGUGCACUCGUUGUUCCCCCACCAAGUCAAUCAAGAUGACAAGCGUCGUCCGCCAACCGCAGGUGACAAGAUCAAGUCUUCCGCAAACGACCUGGUGGCGACAUUGAUGAAGGCCUCUCCAUCAUAUAUCCGAACCAUCAAACCCAACGACAAUAAAUCGCCUACCGAAUACAAUACUGGCAAUGUCAUGCAUCAGAUCAAGUACCUUGGUUUGCAAGAAAACGUCCGAAUACGAAGAGCUGGCUUCGCUUAUCGGCAGACAUUCGACAAAUUUGUCGAGCGAUUCUACCUUCUCUCGCCUAAGACUUCCUACGCCGGUGACUACACGUGGACUGGUGAUGCUCUCUCCGGAACGAAGCAGAUUCUGAAGGAUACGAGUAUACCGCCCGAAGAGUACCAAAUGGGUGUCACUAAGGCUUUCAUCAAAACUCCCGAGACACUUUUCGCCCUCGAGCACAUGCGAGAUCGUUAUUGGCACAACAUGGCAAUACGAAUCCAAAGAGCAUGGAGAAACUACCUGCGGUACCGCAUCGAGUGUGCCAUUCGCAUCCAAAGAUUCUGGCGGAGGAUCAAUGGCGGUGGUGAAUACCAGCAACUGAGAGAUUACGGCACCAGUCAAGUUCUCCAGGGGCGAAAAGAAAGGCGGCGAUUCAGUUUGAUCGGCUCCCGAAGAUAUCUUGGAGACUAUCUCGGAGUUGCUAAUAGUGGGGGCUUUGGUGAAUUGAUCCGAAAGUCUAUCAACAUUAGUGGCCAUGAGAAUGUCCUCUUUUCCUGUCGAUGCGAGCUGCUUAUAACCAAGUUUGGGAGGUCAAGUAAGCCGAGUCCUCGAAACCUGCUUCUCACCAGCAAAGCUGUUUACAUCGUUGUAUCGCAAAUGUUGAACCGGCAGUUAUCAAUCUCCUCCGAGCGGACGAUACCUUUGGGUGCUAUCAAGUUCGUCAGCACAUCCAAGCUAAAGGAUGAUUGGUUCUCGCUAGGUGUCAGCUCGCCGCAAGAGCCAGAUCCUUUGAUUAGUUGUGUAUUCAAGACGGAGUUUUUCACACACUUGAAAAGGAUCAUGCCUGGGGGCCUGAACCUCAAGAUUGCUGAGUCAAUUGAAUACAACAAGAAGCCAGGGAAGCCGUCGGUAGUCAAGGUUGUCAAAGACCCGACAGUAUCAAGAGACGACCUUUACAAAAGUGGUACUAUUCAUACCGGCCAAGGCGAACCCCCAAACUCGAUUUCAAAACGAACGCCAAAAGGAAAGCCAAAAGCGGGGAAGCCCAUCACUCAAGGGAAGCUAUUGCGGCCAGGUGGUCCUGGUGGUGGGCCUUCGAAGCUGGCAUCUCGGCCUGCUGCAGCACGACCCGUGCCUCAGCCCAUGCCAUCCCAGCCAUCACAAUCCAGAACUACACCCGCUCAGACACCAUCUGUACGAUCUUUACCUCAACCUACUACCGCUCAGCCAAGAGCUGUUCCACAACCAUUAGCUGCGGUUAACGGUCUCAGCCAUGGUAGAAGCGACUCAGCAGGUCGAGCACCGCCUCCACCACCACCUGCUGCUCCUCCAGCUGUCAGGAAGGAUACCUACAAAUCUCUCUACGAGUUUUCAGGCCAAAGUCAGAACGAGCUCCACCACCUUACGCAAGACGAGACUAUAGAAGUUGUACAGAAAGCAGACAACGGCUGGUGGCUCGCCAAAAAGCUUGACGGCUCCUCUCAAGGCUGGGUCCCCUCUGCCUACCUCACACAAGACACCCCCAAACCCAUCCCUCCCCCAGCUCCACCUCAGCCUGUCGCCCGCGCGGUUCCCGCGCCGCCUCCCUCUGCACCCACAAACGGCAUCAACGGCACCGCCUCCCGCGCUCCUGCCGUCAAAGCGAAACCAACGCCUCCUGCGCCGCCGAAACGACCUGGAGGCGGCAAAAAGCCAGCUCCGCCGCCCGCGCCCAGAGAUAGCGCUGUGAGUAUGGGGACAAGUAGUGGCGGGAGUGGGGGGAAUACGCCGGAGAAGGCGGAUAGUGGCAGGGCGCCGAGUUUGGCAGGGGGUUUGGCGGAGGCGUUGAGGGCGAGGCAGAUGAGUAUGCAGGGACGGAAAGAGGAGGAUGACGACUGGUAG